UUGCAAACCUCCCCGCGAGCCGUCCGAUCAAGUUUGAUCAUGCGGCGCUGGCGUCUCUCUCUCGCAUCAUGGACACAGUCUCGUUGGUUCGACCACGCCGCAACCACGCGGUGUCUCACGAACAAGAAAGCAGAGACGUCAGAUCUAGCAGCAGCUGAUGCGAGAGGCGACGCGUCGGCGAGCAUCUGGAGCAGCAAAGCCAUGGCGACGACAGAGAAGUGGAGGCGUGGUGACGACAGAGCAUCGACCGACGCUCUGCCGCACAGAGCCUCAGCAAUGUGAUGAUGAAGAUUCUACUGAUGGAUGAUUAUCAACAUAGUUUUCAACAAGCCGCUUCUAUACAAUUGCUCAGAAAAAUCAAGGGCGGUCUUAAGUGACUGCUGCUAGCCAGGGCUGCGUCAGGCGACCGUUGCGGCGGGCAUCGACCAUCCUGCGAGGGGCCGUGGAUUGGCUGUUGUGAACCGGCCGCGGACGUUGCGACUGGUGCUGCGAAGGGGACACGCGGUGGGCCAGAUUAUUGCUGGUUGCUAUGACACUGAGUGGUGAGCGGCUGGGCCAGAGACUUGAAGCAUCGCCUAGCCGUCGGAGCAUCAGCGGUGCAGCAAAUGGAGCAUUACCAGUGCUGCGAUGGAGCUUUCGAUAGGUCACCGGAGCAUCGUCGGGCCGCCAAAACAUUAUCAGUGCUGCAGUGGAGCUUCUCGGGUUGUCAGAGCAUCUCCGGUGCUGCGACGGAGCAUCGUCGAGCCACCGAAACAUCAUCGGUGCUGCAGUGGAGCUUCUCGGGUUGUCAGAGCAUUGCCGGUGCUGCGACGGAGCAUCAUUGAGCUGCUGAAACAUCAUCGGUGCUGUUGUGGAGCUUUCUCGGGUUGUCAGAUCAUUGCCGGUGCUGCGACGGAGCAUCGUCGAGCUGCUGAAACAUCAUCGGUGCUGCGGUGGAGCUUAUCGGGUUGUCAGAGCAUUGCCGGUGCUGCGACGGAGCAUCGUCGAGCUGCUGAAACAUCAUAAGUGCUGCGGUGGAGCUUAUCGGGUCGCCGGAGCAUCGCCGGUGUUGCGACGGAGCAUCGUCAGGCCGUCGAAACAUCAUCGGUGCUGCAGUGGAGCUUCUUGGGUCAUCGGAGCAACGCCAGGCCCCGAAACAUAAUCGGUGCUCCAGUGGAGCUUCGCGGGCCAUUGGAGCAUUGCCAGAGCAUCGCCGGUGCUGCGACGGAGCAUCGUCAGGCCGACGAAACAUCAUCGGUGCCGCACUGGAGCUUCUCUGGUCGUCGGAGUAUCGCUAGGCCGCCGAAACAUCAUCGGUGCUCUAGUGGAGCUUGUCAGCCGACGGACGGAGCAUUGCCGGAGCAUCAUCCGUGCUGCGCUGGAGCAUUGCCAGGUCAUCGAAGCAUUGCCGAAGCACCGCUGACGCUAUGGAGGAGCAUCGCCUGAGCUGCCGGGGCAUCACCAGUUCCUUAAGGAAUUACGCCCGUGGUGUUGGGACAGCAGUGAUGUUGUGUUGGUGGCUGGAAACGCUGCAAAGAGACAUGGGGGUACGGUGUGGAUGGAAAUGAUAGUAUGAUACUAUCAGGGAAUCAAACGGCCCAAAUCAAAUUCUAUUUACGCAAAUCAACGGCUGGCCAGGCGGCUGAUCUUCUGCUGACGCCUAGCAGCCGCCUUUGAAAUUACCGGUGGGUGGACUCACUUUGCUUUCUCAUUUGGGUUUGGGAACAGUAGGCAUCAAAGCUAAGUAACGCUGACCAACUUCAGCACUCACGACGAGACGGAGACGACGUCGCCUAUAUAAGCAAGCUAGCCUGCCCGCUCCGUUGAACGUCGAAGCAACACCCUGCGAAGCCAAGAAACAAGUAGCGCAGAGACUAUGGCUGGCAUGGUAGAGCGCCUCGUGAUCGGCACCCUGCUGGCCGCCACCUUCCUGGCGGCACCGGCGGCAGGCACCACACUGACCCUGCACAACCUGUGCCCGUACCCCGUGUGGCCGCUGGUGACCCCGAACACGGGCUUCCCCUCCAUCUGCGGCAACGACAUCCGCCUCGAGGGCAACGGCCACGGGCUCGUCUCCUUCCCCUUCCCGCCGACCUUCUGGUCCGGGCAGCUGGUGGCGCGCACCGGCUGCGCGUCGCCGUCGCCGUCGCGGUGCGAGACGGGGAGCGCGCGGCCCGCGGGCGUGGUGCAGCUGACCGUGCACUCGGCCGAGGGCGCGCCGCGGCCGGACCUGGCGGUGUACAGCGUGAGCCUGGUGGGCGGGUUCAACGUGCCGGUGGUGGUGAGCCCGCAGGCCAUCGGCGGCGACGGGCCCUGCCCGGCCCUGGGGUGCGCGGCGGACCUGAACGCCGGGUGCCCGCCGGCGCAGCGCGUGGUGGGCGCGGGCGGCCGCGCGGUCGCGUGCUAUGGGCUACCUGGCUACUUCAAGCAGCGGUGCCCGCUGACGCGGACGACGCCGGUCGACAGGGAGCCCGUGGAGCAGCACUGCUACGCGCCCGGCGAGCUCAAGGUCGUCUUCUGCCAGCCCGCAAUGGUCGACGCCGCACAGCCGGAUGUCGUCGUCGCCGAGAACUAGGUGGCUGGCCCUUAGCGAGUGAUGUUGAUACACGUACAAGGUGUAGUGAAAAUAAGAGUGGCACGUAUCAUGUGUGCCGCCCGGCCGUGACUCUGUGUCACGUAACAGUCACGUAAAGACCCGUAGGUCUUGGAUUAUCGCUCCAUAUAUUAUGUGAAUCUUAACGGAAUCGUCAACAAUCCGUUCCCGUACAUCCGUUCUUACGCGUGCAUUUUUGUGGACAAGUAGCGCGCUCUACCA